CUGUUCAUAAGCUGAAGUGUUGCUAAGCAACUCAAGUAUACACAAACCAUGUAUCUCAUGAAAUAACACAUGAUUUAGCAUGGUGUAAUAUGGAAUCAUAUAGAAACACAUGACUGAGUAAAUAUUCUUUAUAAUCAAGUGACAUUGACUGUCAUCAAGAAUCAUCAUGUUACUUAAGUAUUUGGGCAAUGUUGUGCCACCAAGUGAAUAUGAGAACCGUGUAGUAGGCAUUGUUUGGUCACCAAACAAUUUGAAACUAGCUGUUGCAUCAUCUGAUCGGUCCAUAUAUCUUUUUGAUGAAAAUUGUGUAAAGCGGGACAAAUUUUCAACAAAACCUGUUGACUCCAAGUUUGGUAAGAAGAGUUAUAUGAUCAAAGGUAUAGCCUUUUCUCCGGACUCAACAAAGAUAGCAGUUGGUCAAACUGACUGCAUAAUUUAUGUGUAUAAGAUUGGAGAACAAUGGGGAGAGAAGAAGGUAAUAUGCAACAAGUUUCGACAAAGUUCAGCAGUUACUUGCUUGAUUUGGUUAACCGAAGGACCAAUCAUUGUUGGUUUAGUAGAUGGAAAAGUCCGUGCAGCAUUAGUGAAAUCUCAAAAAGCUCAGACUCUCUAUACAGCUGAUUCAACAACUAUUGCAUUAGCUUCAAAUAUAAGAGGAACUGGAUUUCUCUCAAGUCAUGUUGAUGGUACUAUUAUAAAAUAUCAUUUAACUGAUGAUGGAAGUCAUGAACCAUCUGGACGUAUCUGCACACACACUGUGCCUGCUUAUGCAUUAGCUUGGCCCCAAUCUCACAUUCUAGCAGCAGGAUGCGAUAAGAGAGUAACCUUUUAUGAUUCUCGAGGAAAACUAGUGAAGAAUUUCGAUUACAGUCGCGAAAAUGAGAAGGAAAUAGCAGUGGCCUGUUGCAGUCCAAGUGGACAAAGUGUAGCUAUUGGAUCUUGGAAUAAAAUAAGAAUAUUAGACUGGAGUCCACGUCGUUCAAUUUGGGAGGAGGCCAAUACAAAAGCUUUACCUAAUUUUUACACUGUCACUGCUAUAUCAUGGCGUCGUGAUGGUUCCAGGUUGCUCUUAGGUAGCCUCUGUGGUGCUGUAGAGCAGUUUGAAACGGUACUGAAGAGAACAGUAAUAAGAGGCAGCCAUGAGGUAGCUUAUGUUGGUCCCAGUCAAGUAGUAAUUCGACCACUACAUGAAGGCAACCGCCCUGUCAUUAUCAGAUCACAAACAGGCAAUGAAAUAGAGGAUGUUAAAGUUCUAGGACGAGCUGAUAACAAUGUAGUAGCUCGUACAGCUAAUACACUAUUGCUUGCUGACAUUGAAUUGAAUCUGAUCAGUGAAAUUCCAUGGGAUGAUAAAAGCAAUAGUGAGAAAUUCUUUUUUGAGUAUCCCAGAGUGUGUUUGAUCUUUUGCUCUGGAGAGUUGACCAUCGUGGAAUAUGGAAAUAAUGAGCCACUGGGCUCUGUAAGAACAGAGGCAGUUAAUCCUCACGUAGUUAGUGUGAGAAUCAAUGAAAGACAAGUACCUAAUGCUCCAGACAACAAGAGACUCGCUUAUUUAUUGGAUCCUAGAACUGUACGUAUUGCUGAUUUAAUAACUGGGAUAACAAUUGCCAUGAUUUCUCAUGAUGUUCGUGUUGACUGGUUGGAAUUGAGCGAAACUGGCCACAGAUUGUUAUCAAGAGACAAAAGAGCUAGAUUGUGGUUAAGCGAUGAACUGGGUGGACGAAUUUUAUUGUUAACUGGUGUCAGUUUUGUCUCCUGGGUAUUAGGGAGCGAUGUAGUGGUAGCUCAAACAGGCCAAACCUUAGCAGUUUGGUACAAUGUGGAUGCUCCAGAGGUAGCUACUCUAAUACCUGUCCGUGGGGACGCAGUCGACAUUGUCCGAGAAGAUGGGCGUACUUCUGUUAUGGUAGAAGAGCUUGGAGGCAAAGUAGCCUAUUUACUUGAUGAGCCAUUAAUUGAAUUUGGCACAGCGCUGCACGAUAAUGAUUUUGGUAGAGCUCUGCUAUUCCUGGAGGAACUGGCAGACAGGCCUCAAGCAGAGGCAAUGUGGGAGAACGUGGCUAGGAAUGCAAUGGCCACCAGGCAACUGUUGGUUGCUGCUAGGUGUUAUGCAGCACUGGGAGAUGUAGCAUGUUCUAGGUUCUUAAAGAAUAUUGUAAAUAUUGGAGAAAAGUACAGUACAGAAACUGGAAAUGAUCCACUCUCCAGUCCUGACUGUUGGGCGAAGCUAGCAAUUCUAAAUGGAGAGUUGAAGACUGCAGAGGCCAUAUACCUAGAACAGAACGAGUUGGAUAAGGCUCUAGACAUGUACCAGAGGUAUUGGCAUUGGGAAGAUGCAUUGACAUUGGCACAAAACAGAGGGUAUCCAGGUCUCCAGGAACUUAGAGAUAGACAUUUAACUUGGCUACUAGAAAGCGGCCAAGCAGCCAGAGCCGCAGCUAUUCUAGAAAAUACCAAUCCACGACGAGCAGUUAAACUGUAUCUAGAUGCUCGUCGACCUGGACGAGCAGCUAGACUGGUCCUGACUGAUGAUGAACUAUUAAAAGACAGGACGAUUGUUAACGAAAUUGUGCGGGUGCUGAAGAUGACAGACUUGAUGGAGUUAGCUGGAGAGUUGUUAGAAAAGACUUCAGAACCACAGGAGGCUAUCAAAUGUUAUUCUCAAGCUGGUGUAUUUGCAAGAGCAGUUGAAUUAGCUAGGGAAGUAGAUCCAACUUGUGUGGUUGAUCUUGAACGAGACUGGGGUAAACAUUUGGCAUCAGCUGGCCACUAUGACGCGGCCAUUAAUCACUUUAUUGAAGCAGGGGAAACUACUUUAGCCCUGGAUGCUGCUAUCAAUGCUCGUCAGUGGAGGAAGGGCUUACAAAUUGUGCAAGUUAUUGAGGAUGAUAGUCCCAUUCUGCGCAAGCAGUGUGAAAAACUAGGCGAGUAUUUCGCCUCGAUAGGUGAUAAGAAUAUUGCAGAGAAGCUCUUUAUUCGUGCUGGGGAUGCUCGACACGCAGUGGAAGUCCACAUACACGAUGGCAACUGGAGUCGAGCCUACGAAGUAGCUCAAGAAUACAUGACUCCUGAUGAGGCAAAUGAAGUACUGGCUAAGCACGCUGCCAAUCUCUGUGAAGCAGGAGACCUGAAACAUGCUGAAGAAUUAUACGUUGCCAUUGGUGAAUACGAUGCAGCCAUAUCAAUGUACAAGAAGGCUGGUCGCCGUGCAGACAUGAUUCGACUGGUGGGAAAAUUCAGACCAAACCUAUUGGAGGCAACUCAUGCACACUUAGCCAGAGAAUUGGAUGCUGCGGGGAAACCUCGAGAAGCUGAGGAGCACUAUCUUGCAGCUGGUGAUUGGAAGAGUGCUAUUACUGCUUACAGAUCAGCCAACAUGUGGGAAGAUGCUCUUCGUGUUGCCAAAAACAAUGCUGGGGAUAAUGCUGCUCAGCAGGUCGCUUUAAUGUGGGCACGCACCCUAGCUCCAGAAUUAUCAGCAAGGUUAUUAAUACGUCUGAAUUAUCUAGACAGUUGUCUUCAGUUGGCUUGCGAAGCAGGUCUUUUCGACUGGGCUUUAGAAAUCUCCAAGUAUGGCAAUGCUGAUCAGAAGAAAGAGGUUCACUACAGGUAUGCAAUGGCAUUGGAGGAUGCAGGUCGCUUCUCUGAAGCCGAAAAGGAGUUCAUCAAAGCGGAAAGAACAAUGGAAGCAGUUCAGAUGUACAUACAUAAUCGUGAUUGGGAAGCAGCUGAGGAUGUGGCGCAGUCGAUCAAUCAGGACGCGGUUGCCCAAGUUCUCAUCGCUAGGGCAAACGAGGCUGCGGAAGCUCAAGAUUAUUCGUUAGCAGAAACUCUAUUGUUGAGAGCAUAUAAACCAGAAAUGAUCAUUGAACAUUACAAAAAAGCAGGCAUGUGGUCUGAAGCGUUACGCGUUUGUAGAGAAUAUUUACCGAGUCAAGAAGCUAAUCUUCGACGGGAAUUGGGUCAAAAGAGUGCUUCGCUUGCUGGCGCGAAUGCUUUUGAAGAAGCUCAAAAGUGGUUGGAGGUUGGAGAAGUGCGAGCUGCUUUGGAUAUCUUAAUCCUAGAUCCCCAAGCACCUAGAUCAUCCCUUAUACGAGCAGCUGAUAUUCUGCUUCAUCAAGCUGAUACAGAAACUGCAGCUCAAGUUGGCGGAGAUCUUGGUGCACGACUGUUUGCUGUUGGCGAACAUGCUCUUGCUGCACAGGUGUUUUUACAAGCUGAUAGAUUGAAAGAUGCCAUUGACGCACUGGCGUCGGUUGGAGAGUGGGAAAGAGCUAAACGUAUAGUGAGGGAACUGGCACCGGAUAUAGAGCCCUAUCUUGAAGAGAAGUAUAAGGAAGCUAUGCUGAGAGAUGGACAGAUAGAGAGAUUAGUGGAGAUUGACGCAGCGGCUGGUCUUGAAAUACUGGCCAAUAAGGGACAGUGGAAUCAAGUGUUUGAAACUGCCAGUUCUCAGGGUUCUCAGAUUUUACACAAAUACGUUGCACAACGAGCUGUUCAGCUUUUGAAGAUGAACGCUCCGCUCGAGGCUUUGCAGCUGUACGUUAAAUAUGGAAUACCUCCUAUUCCACAGAACUUCAAUCUGUAUUUACAAUUAUCAGAGAGCGUGUUGAAUUCAGAGGCAUAUUAUGAGUAUAAAUAUCUUGCUCUCUUGCGAACCGUUCUUCUGGAACUUUGCAAUAGUUUGAAGUCUUCUGAAGUCUCAUCAACAUUCAAAUUUGAGAGGUUACUUGAGGCAACACAUUAUUCAGCAGUCAAACGCGGAUGCAGUGAUUACUCUGUACUGUCUGGACUAGUAUUGAAAGCCUCUAUAUCUCUACUGAGGUACACGGACAUUCUCCUCGCUGAUAGAACUUAUUAUGAAGCCGGUAUUGAGGCACGAACAGCCGGAUUAAACAGCGAAGCCUUCGUUUUCCUGAAUCACUUCCUGGAUUUAGAGGAGUGCAUAGAAGAAGGAGACAGUACUGUAAUGGAUGUCGAUGAUCUAGCUGUCACAGACUUCCCAGUGGAAGUUCCAUUACCAGAGUCUUUGAGUAUGAGCCCAGAACAACGGGAAGAAGCUCGUGAAUGGGUACUGGCAGUAUCCAUGGAUCAGAAAGUGGAACAAGUUCUACCUACGGAUCACAGAGGAGUCUAUGUUGGAUCACUAACUUCUCCGUCAGCUGGUACUACAGCUUUACAAGAAUGUAUUUUAACAGGAUACCCUGUACGAGGUCCCAUCAUUCGAUUUACAGAGAGUAAACGAGUAGCUGACCGAGAUGAUUGGACCAAAAUGAUUAAUACAGCACGUCAGGCUCCUCAAGAUUCAGUUCUCAAUGAUAUCUUAGCUUUUAUUCAAGAAUGGUGCGGAAUAGUUCCUAAUUACUCUUUCUAACCCCACUAGGUUCACAAUUUUUUGUAAUCAUAGAUACUAGUUAAAAACUAAACUAAAAAGUCUAUAUGUACAUAUAUUAUAAAUACACAGUUGUUUCAGUGUAUAAAACUCAUUCCAGUGAUUUGUAUUUUGAACUCGUUACUAUACUAUUUGAUUGUGAUACAAAUUGCACAAUGACUUAAGCUUUCCUUUGAUAAGGAGAACAGAAACAAACAGGAAAUCCUUGUUUCUCUAAAAUUUAUUUAAAUAAGGCUGCAUCAUGUAAAUAAUUAAUCUAACUUAAGCAUAAAUAAUUCUAUGCAAUGCGAAUAUACAUGUAUUAUUAUGUCCAUGGGAUUCUCAUGUCUUAAUCGUAAACUGGUUCUAUGUAUAACAAUCAAAACCCUAACGAGUUAGAAACUAUCACUCGUUGUCUGAACACCUAUCCACGAUGGAUAUUUAUAUGACUACUUGGUGAUGACUAUACGCGUGUCGCAUUUGUACACAGACUAUAUAUCUCAAAAACAAUAGUACAAGCUGGAAACAAGAAACUUUGUAGUACUAAAUGUUCAAUUUCUUAAAACUCUUUCUGUUUUUUCAGUUAGUAUAUCUCUUAAUAUUCAAUAUCCUACGUUUUAUAUUUAUUUAAGUUAGGCUGACGAAAAACAAUGUGUAAAAAUGUAAGAUAAAAUCUUUGUGAUUAGAUAUAUUUAAAAACUGAUAGGAAACAUUCCAUGUAUCUAUCAAAGUGCUGCAUCUAUUCUCUAGUAAGACAUAUUUAUUUUGAAUUGUAAUUAUACUUGUAAAAAAUAAAGGUUGAUCCUUUAACAAAAUAUUGUUUCUUAAGUAUCUGUCAUUUCUUGCUUAUACCAUCAUUUCCUAAGUAUUUUAACAUACAGAAAGUGUCUGAAAAAAUGUACUGCAAAUAAGAUAUCUAACCUCAAGAUAAGGUAAUCCUUGAGGGCUCUGCUACCAGUUCUCAAAUUAUUUAGGAAUUACAAAAUAGCUAAUCAAUUCUAUAAAAAUAUUGCAAAUUAUCUUAUUCUUUGCUUGGUUGAUUUAUGGAUGGUACAGUAUACUUCAAGAGACACUUUGUAUAUGCAUUUAUGCUCAAAUACGUAUGCAAAACAUUUGAUAAAUAGCACAUUUCUUGUGAACGAGGAAACACCUUCCCUUUUUACAUGCAUUCAAUACAUGGUACAUUCUGAAUGUAUCUAAAAUAAAAUCCUUUGCACUCCUAAUCAAUAAA